AGAAAAAAUUUAGGUUGUGAAAAAGAAAUGCCACAAAAAAGAUUCAUAUAAAAUUGAUAACUGGAGAAAUAUAGUGACCAAUUAAUAAUCAACUAUAUGAAAACAAUUGAUCAAUGAGCAAAGGGUUGACACAAUUGGAGUUCCAUAUACCAGGUAGUGAAUGGAUUCCAGUAGAAGGAAACGCAGGAAUAUACAAUAAAAUCCUAAAUGAAGAUAAACAAAGUGGACGUAUAACCUUAUUACAAAAAUAUGAACCAGGAGCAUUUACUGAUAACGUUGCCAAACAUACUUUCAUCGAAGAGGUUUAUAUUAUAGAAGGCGAGUUGACAGAUAAGGGAUUAAAGAAGACAUUUGAGAAAGGAAGUUAUGCAUUUCGUCAUCCUGGUAUGAUUCAUGGUCCUUAUGAAUCACGAAAAGGUUGUUUAACGUUUAUAAUUAUAGAUCCAUCUAAAUAGAAAAGUCCAUUAAUAUAAUAAUAUAUAAGGUUU